CAAUUCUAAACCCUUGAUCAGGAGAAUCAUAAACCUAAGCUGCUACUCUGAAGCUGUGAUUAAAGCAAAAUGGCAUGGAAAUUGAGGCCUAAAGAAGAAGCUGAGUUGUUUAAGCCUUACGAGUGUCCACAAUAUACAGAUGCUGAGCUUUUUACAAUUAAAUUGUAUUAUGACGGUGAAAUGCUUGAUAAUCCUAAGAGAUAUAUUGGCGGAAAGUUUGUUUAUGUGGAUUUCUGUGAUCCUGAUGCUAUGAGCCUGCUAGAGAUAACUUCCAUGCUUGUUGAAAGUGGAGCAGAAGGUGGUUUCUAUGAAAUUUGGUAUAAGAUUCCUGGAAAUUCAACGGAGAGGGGGUUAUUUGAGUUAGUGAGUGAUGAUGAGUUAUUGGUAAUGUGUGCGCUGGUAACAAACAAGGAGAGGCCAGCGACUAAUAGGUUUGUAGAGAUUUAUGUGAACAGACCUAUUGAGAUACCGCAAACUCAGCCAGGCCAAGAAGAAAUAAAUAUGGACAACCCUUUUGGAGGGUCUACACAGCAAGAAAUAGAUUUUGAACAAGAAAUUAGGGAUUCAGAGGGCUUGUAUAAGGAUUUUUCAGACCCUGAGGACAGUGAGGAAUAUGAAUUAAAUGGGAGUGAUAGUGAUGAUGAGAGUUGGCAUUCAGAUGCUUCCAACUAUGAUGAAAGUGAUGAUGAUCUGGCAUUUGAUAAAAAUGUGGAUAAGAUGGUUUAUGAAGAUCCUGAAGAGCCAGAUAAAGACGACAAUGUGCAUACAGAUGAUGAAAGUCUGUAUGCGGGGAGUGAUGAAGAGAGGAUGGCAGCUAAUUCUACUGAUGAAGAUGACUCUAGUUUUUCUGAAUUCAAUGAAAGAUGUUGACAUGAAAAGCCCUGAUUUUCAAUCAGGCAUGUUGCUUAAAAGUGGUCAGAUAUUUAGGAAGGCCGUAAGAAAUCACGCAAUCAUGGAAAGGAGGCCAAUAGAACUUGUGCCAAAUUAUGGGAGGAAGAUUAAAUAUGUAUGCAAAAAACCAUGUCAAUGGCAAGUUUAUGCUUCUCCUUUCAAUAAGACUGCAACUUAUCAGAUAAGAUCAUUGGUCAGAAAACAUACAUGCAUGCCUACCUUCCAGCAGAAACAGAUAAACUCUGUGUGGCUUGCAGAGCAUUAUGAGAAGGAAAUCCGGAUGAACCCUGAAUGGCCCACUACUGCAUUUCACAAAAAAAAUUUCAAUGACUUGAAAUGUGAGGUGUCAAAGCAUGCUGUGUAUAGGGCUAAAACAAGAGCACUUAUGAAGAUAAAUGGCACUCAUGAAGCACAAUAUGCCCGGGUCUGGGAUUAUGCCUAUGAAAUAAAAAAGGUAUUACCUGAAAGCACUGUGAAGAUUUUAUGUGAAGAUCCUGAGCCAGGCCAAAAAGUGGGAGAUUUAUGAGAAUGUAUAUAUGUUUGGGGCCACUAAAAAAUGCAUUUAUCCAGUAUUGUAGACACCUGGUGGGGCUAGAUGGAUGCCACCUCAAGGGUUCAUUUGGUGGACAACUACUAGCAGCAGUUGGUGUAGAUGCCAAUAAUGGUAUGUACCCAAUUGCUUGGGCAAUUGUGGAGUCUGAAACAACUGAAUCAUGGAAGUGGUUUUUAGAGUUUUUGAGCCAAGAUUUGAAGAUUCAGAAUGAUGGAGAGUGGACCUUCAUCUCUGACAGACAGAAGGUUGUAAUCUUUCCUCUCUAUGUUUAACCUACUUACAUUAGUACUACUAUGUAAGGACUGAUAAAUUUAUUACUGCUGUGUAGGGAUUGAUAAAUGCUUUGGAAGAGAUUGUACCAAAUGCAGAACACAGAUUCUGUGUUAUGCAUUUGUAUCAAAAUAUGCACAAAGAAUUCAAAGGAGUUGCAUUGAGACAACUAAUGUGGAAGGCUGCUAGAUCAAGCACUGAUUGGGAGUUUAAUCUUCAUAUGAACAAGAUGAAGGAGGUAUAAAUCCUUGCUCACUCUUAUAUGCCCCUUUUUAGUGAUAGUUUCUUAUAAAAUCCAUAUUUGACAGAUUGCACCUAAGUGUCAUGAGUGGCUUUUGGCAAAGCCAAAAAAUCAAUGGUCAAGAUGUGCUUUUAAGACACUGGUUCACAGUGACAUGUUCGUUAACAAUCACUGUGAAGUGUUCAAUAGCAACAUAAGGAAAUUCAGACACUUGCCUUUGAUAACCAUGUUUAGGGAGUUGCACAAAUCUGUCAUGAAAAGAAUCCAAAUCAGGAGAGAUAAGUUGGCUUCUAGAGACACAGUGAUGUGCCCUAGUCCACUAAAAAAACUGGAAAAUUGUAUUCCUGUACAUUAGAGCCAAUUGUGGGGCCAGAUUUCUGGCAAACAGCAAGUGAACCAAGGCCCUUGCCUCCAAAUGCCAAGACCCCUGCAGGCAGGCCAAAGAAAAAAAGAAACACAAGAAACGAUAUCCCUCGUGACAAUACAAAAUUAACAAAAGUUGGCACCAUUGUGAAUUGCAAUUACUGCAAGGCAAGAGGUCAUAAUGCUAGAACUUGUCAAGCAAAGAUAAAUGAUACCAUAAAAAGGCUGCAGAGCAGGGGACUGUGCCAAACAUAGCUAAGUCAACAUCUGUGUGCAAAACUUGUAAUAAAUCCGGGCAUAAUUCAAGGACCUGUCCGGUGAAG